AUGCAGCUCAUCUCCACUGCCCUUUUCUCUCUCGCCGUUGCUGGCGCUGCCCUCGCCUCCUGCGACGAAGCCUCCCGCUUCGGCACGUUCAGCAUCAACGCCACCUCUGACAAGGCUAUCGUGACCGGCCAAGUAACCCACUCGUACGCGGGCAUCUACCCCAAGUACAUCGACUACUACCUCGAGGUGCCCGAGAACAACAACGGCCACGAAUCGCCUAUUAUCCUCGCGCACAACGAGCCCAAGGCCAACGCGUCGUCGGACUCGUUCACCGUCCAGAUUCCCGACGCACCGUACUGGCAGGCGAACUACUCCGUGCUCGCGCAGCUGACGUACCCGGUCAAGGGCGAGCAGGGCGGGACGUACUACACUACGGGCGGUGUGUUCUCUGGUAUCAAGAUCGCCCCCACUGUGUCGAACUAG